CUGGAGUGCAGAGUGCAUAUGUAUGCGUACGAUGGGGUGCAUGACCGGUGCUGACAGCGCAACCAUCUACACCAGGUCGCCGUCGUACAAGAUACGCAGCACGGUGGAUCCUCAAGAACUGGGCAUGCAUGCGUACGGACAUUUUACGCAUGACGCAGGGGCAUGCGAUUGGACGGAUUAUUGAGUCCGUGUGUCGAUGCUUUGGUACCCAGACUAUUGACUCUCGUCAUAGAGCGUCCACAGACUUGGGCCAGCAGUCGUGCUAUGCACGGAAGAGCAAACAAGUUCUGGAUCAUUUCCUUCUGGUGGCGCAGCUGCCAUCAGAAGUUAGAAUGAGAGACGGGGCGGAACGGAACGUGACCGUGAGUGACAGGCACGGGCUUGCUAGCAGGGUGUGGACGACGUCGAUCGGUGCAGGUCGCUCUGCAGCUGCUAUGAACUUUGCCGCGAACAGACGUUGCCGACGUUCUGGAACUCUCCCCGGCCGUAUGGGUUCGGGACGCCGAAUGAAUGUGCCGAACUCACAUGUUGAUGCCAUUGGCGCAGGACAUCGUUACUGGUGUCAUGGAUGAGCAGGCGAUGUGACCUUCCUCAACGGCGAUUUUGCGCGCUUGUCGCUCUGAGACAUGGAUUGGGCAUCAUCCACGCCAUGACAGCAUAUUUGUGGCUUACGGAGAUAACUCGAAGGUGGUGUGGG